AUGAUGUUAAAAUCCAUAUCUCAAAAGAUACAAAUCUCAAAAGAUACAAAACUGGAUCAACGGGUUUAUAAUUCUCCAACUGCGGAGCAAGUUGCCGCUAUAUGGGUCGAAGGAAAUAAUGCCAACCUACCAUUCCAACAUGACAUUGUUAUCCAUGCCCACUCUGGAGAUCGCCAUAGGAUAAAACAUUUUUAUGGAUGUUACGAUCCUUUACAAUAUCCUCUUCUUUUUCCAAGAGGCGAGACAGGAUGGCAUCAAAACAUUAACAAACUUCCAACUACAAACUCCCAUAUCAAACGCAGAGGGAGGCAUUCAAAUGUUCAUAGUGAACUCAUACCAUCAACAAUUUCGUCGGCAACUGAUGUUCUCUCUCGAGAGCAACAAGUGGUCAGCAGUCAAAGUAAUAGAAAAGUUUCAUGCAGAGAAUACAAUUGCUAUAGAAUUCAAAUAAGAAGUCCAAGGGAAUCUGUAAUUCUCUUUAGUGGAAGGUUGUUCCAACAGUAUCUGGUUGACAUGUACAUAAAAUUAGAGACAACAAGAUUGGAUUAUUAUCGGCAUAAUCAAUCGGACAUGAGAUGUGAAUUGUACCAAGGCAUAAAAGAAAGUGUCCAGAGUGGAGAAUGUAGAGGCAGUGAAGUUGGAAAAAGAAUUGUUCUACCAUCAUCAUUUAUUGGAGGGCCAAGAGACAUGCGUCGUAGAUAUCUCGAUGCAUUAGCGUUAGUUCAAAAGUUUGGAAAACCUGAUUUAUUUAUUACAAUGACUUGCAAUCCUGAGUGGCAAGAGAUAAAAGAUAAACUUUUUGAGGGACAACUACCUCAAGAUCGCCCAGAUUUAGUCUCAAGAGUAUUUCGUGCAAAGUUGCAGGAUUUAAAAGGUCAACUAUUCAAGAAGCAGAUUUUCGGAGAGGUUGUUGCACAUGUUCAUGUCAUUGAAUUUCAAAAAAGAGGGUUACCUCAUGCUCAUAUGUUGAUAAUUCUCAAAUCAACAUAUAAAAUUGCCACUCCUGAUCACUUUGACAAAUUUGUUUGCGCUGAACUUCCAUCAGAAACAGAAGAUCCAGAGUUAUUUGCAUUAGUUGUCAAACAUAUGAUGCAUGGACCAUGUGGAGAUAUAAAUAAGAACAAUUCUUGCAUGAUCGAUGGGAAGUGCAAAUAUCAUUAUCCACGAAAAUUUUGUGAUACCACAACACAGGGUAAAGAUGGAUAUCCGGUUUACAGAAGAAGGCAAAAUGGAUUAAAAGUUAAAGUUCGCAAUGCAGAACUUGACAACCAAUGGGUGGUGCCUUAUAGUCCGUAUCUCUUGUCAAGGUACAAUUGUCAUAUUAAUGUGGAGAUAUGUUCAGGAAUAACUGUUGUUAAAUACUUAUACAAGUAUAUAUACAAGGGUCAUGAUCGUGUGGCUGUUGGAAUAUCUCACGAUAACAAUGACAAAUCAGUUGAUGAAAUAAAACAAUUUCAAGAUGCUCGAUGGGUGUCAGCCCAAGAAGCUGCCUGGAGAAUAUUUGAAUUUAAUCUCAAUGAAAUUUGCCCAGCGGUUAUCAAUUUGCCUCUUCAUUUACCAAAUCAGCACUGCAUAAGUUAUUGGAAAUAUCAAAAUUUGGAAAAGAUUCUAAGUUUUGAUAAUUCUUCCAAAACAAUGCUUACGGAAUUUUUUUCUUUUUGCUCGGAGAAUGAAGAAGCUCGACAAUAUCUUUACCGGGAUUUCCCACAACAUUAUGUAUGGGACAAAUACCAGAAGUUUUGGAAAAAAAGAAUAAAACAAAAUGUCAUUGGCCGAAUAAAUUCUGCAAAUCCAAUUGAAGGUGAAAGUUUUUCAUAUCUAAAGCAAAUUACGGGAUCCAUGGCAGCUUAUGGAGCUCUGCUUUCUCUUACAAACACCAUUGACCAAAUCCAAAAUCACCCUCGCCCACCCAUUUCCCUCGACAAAUUGAAAAUCAAACCACUUAUCCAAAUGGUUGCUUUCUUGAUGCAGUUCCUUGAAAACUAUAUUAUUGAUGAUGAAGAUGGCUUGGAGGGGCGUAUGGUCGAUGCGGCUCAGGAAGCCGAGGAUAUAAUUGAGUCCCACAUUGCCGAUCAUAUCGAGGCUCAUGGGGAAGCUAACACCAGUUCCAUGGAGGACGACUCUUUGUAUCGAGAGCUACAGAAAGUGAUUCACGACUUGAAUUCCAUCACAAAAGACGUGGUUGUUGUUAAAGAGAAGGCGGGGAAAAAAAUUACUCCUUCUUGCACAAAGGAUGAUGUAAUGCUGGGUUCCGAUGAUGUCAUGAACAACAUCAUGGAUAAGCUGAACAACAGUCCUUCCAAGGGGGACAACACGAUGGCGAGUGUCAUGAAUGACAUAAUGGAUAAGCUGACCAAUCAACAAUCCAAUCAUCGGAUCAUCGCAAUUGCUGGCAUGGGCGGCAUUGGUAAGACCACUCUUGCAAAAAAAAUUUACGAAAUUCCACUUAUCGCGGAAUACUUUGAUAUGCACGGAUGGGCUACAGUCUCUCAAGAAUUUGAUUCGAAAAGGAUUUUAUUAGAAGUCCUUUGCUGUUUGAAACUCAUUAGGAGUGAGGACAAGUUCAGCCAAAUGAGCAAACAUGAAUUAGGAGACACAUUGUAUAAAAGCUUAUUCGGCCGACGAUAUAUGAUUGUAAUGGAUGACAUUUGGGGUAUGGACGCAUGGGACGGUGUGAAACAGUUCUUUCCAAAUAACGACGACGGGAGCAGAGUAUUGAUAACCACUAGGCUGUCGAAAGUGGCUCUGCAGCUCGAUGGCCCGGAUUACUUUCAGAUGAGCUUACUGAAUCAGAAUGAAAGUUGGAAUUUGCUGCAUGGGUGCGUGUUUGGGGAGCAAGGGUGCCCUCUGGAACUGGAACAGAUUGGGAAGGACAUUGCCGGAAAAUGCAGAGGCCUUCCAUUGUCGAUUGUCGUAAUUGGAGGACUCCUAGCAAAGUCUGAACAGACACAGGAAAACUGGCAGCACAUUGUAGAAAAUUUAAGCUCCACCGUGAAUUUAGAGGAGGACGAGCGUUGUUUUAGAAUACUAAAGUUGAGCUACAAUCAACUACCGGUCCACCUUAAGCCGUGCUUUCUGUACAUGGGCAUGUUUCCGGAGGACCAUGAGAUUAGCGUCCCCAUGCUGCUCAAACUAUGGGUUGCUGAAGGAUUCGUGAAAGCUGUGGCCGGUAAAAGCUUGGAAACAGUUGCUCGAAUAGUGUACCUACAUGAUCUCGUGAUCAGAAACCUAAUCAUGGUUCGUGGGUGGGGCUGCACUCAAAGAAUAAAACAGUGUGGCAUGCACGAUCUCCUGAGGGACUUAUGCAUAAAAGAAGCUGAGAAAUACAAAUUUUUUCGCACGAUGGAAACAACGCACAACAACCCUGAGCAUCACGACCAAAUUAGCUGGCGUGCCCAACGCCGUAUCGGUAUUCACGAAGCCGGGAAUUGGAAAUACAUUCCCCGUCCACUCCCUAAAGGUGUGCAAUCGGCAUCACACGCACGAACUCUGAUAUGGGAAGUUAAUGAACAUUUAGCAUCUGUAGUACCUUUUAGACUGCUUAGGGUUCUGAAUGAAAAAGGCUACAGGUGGAGUGAACGAUUUGUAAGAAACAACUUUCAUCUGGUUAACUUGCGCCACCUGUAUACCCAAGCUGAUCUGUCGGCGCUUGAAUUUCCUCCUGAAUUUAGCCAACUCUGGAAUUUACAAAACUGGAUGGGCAAUAAGGGCCCAGUGAUGUUGGACAUCUGGCGGAUGACCCAACUGAGGCACGUCAAGGUAAGCAGGCUCCAGCUCACGGAUCCUCCUCCAAUGGAUGGAGAAAAAGUUUCGAUGGUGUUGGAGAAUCUGGAGACGCUGAUGAUGGUAUAUCACUUGAGGUUGGGUGAUGAAGUGGUUGAGAGAAUCCCCAAUAUCAAGAAGCUAGCACUUUGGUACGAGGAGGAGGAUGAGGAGGAGGAGGAGUUAUCGCCCGGUGAUUAUCGUCUCGACAAUCUCUGCCAACUACAUAAGCUGGAGGCCCUUGCAAUUAUUUCGAGGCCAACUGAGCUGGCAAGGGACUUGAUGAUCACAUUCCCAGCUUCGCUCAGGAAGCUGAAACUAUUUGGCCUGAGGCUGGGGUGGGAGGAGAUGGGGACAAAGAUAGGGUCGUUGCCAUAUCUUGAGGCCCUUAAGCUAUAUGACAAUGCGUUCGUGGGGCUUGAGUGGGAAACAGCCGAUGGAGGAUUCCGGAGCCUCAAGUACUUGAAAAUCUACGUCUGCUCUGGUCUUGAACAGUGGAGGGCAGAGGCCGCGCACUUCCCGCGUCUCGAGCGGCUCGACCUAGAGAAGCUAGACAAGCUGAAGGAGAUUCCAUUGGAAAUUGCGGAUAUAACCACGCUUAGGGAGAUCAGGGUGGUGCGUUGUAAUGACUCUACCGUGCUUUCUGCAAAGAAGAUAUUAGAGGAACAACAGAACUGUCUUGGGAAAGUGGAGCUUCAGAUUACAGUUUGGAUACAUGCCGGAAAAAGCCAACUACGAGGAUCGUACCAUCUGAUCGCAUUGAUGGGAGGGCAGUUCCUCGAGACAUACUUCCUAUUGAAAUCAUGCCCACAAGAUAGAGUAUUUGUUGAGGUGCUGGAAAUGUCGAGUGCCUCUACAACCUAUCCCCAGAUCUUCGCGGAGUGCGACGUGCUGAUCGUGCGUAGCGGGGUGUUCGAGGCGGCCAAGGGGGGGCUGAAGGUGGUGGGGCGUGCCAUGGCGAGGAACGUCGUGCAGGCUGAUGCUUCCAUGAAAGCUGGUAUGAUGUGA